CACAUUGCCUGGCAACCACCACCUGUAACGUCGUUCCCUUUCGUUUUCUGACCACACACGAUCUUGUAUUGGUUUUUAAAAAUAAUUCGUAAUUUAGUAAAUUUUUACGGUAAAAUGAUCACAUCCAAGAGACAUAUUAGACUGUUGAUAUUUUUUGUCUCUGUGUGCAUCAUCGCGGUAUUGGGAGUGCCAGGAAUACAUAAUUCUGACGACAGCCUUCUAUCCGCACUAAAAGUAAUUUCCGACAAAAUAGAAGAUACACCAUCGAGAGUAGUCUACUUAAAUUCAGAUGAUGGUCAGCCAGAAGACAUUGGUUAUGGGUAUCAGAAAAACUUAAGAAAUUUGGAAAAUAUUUUCGAACAAGAAGCACCCGCUAGUCAAAUAUCAAAAGAUGAAAUGGUUGAAAAACUAUUAGGCUACUUGGCCAGAGAUAACCCUCAUAAGCAGUUUACUAAAAAAUCUAUAUUCCGCGAAAGAGAAGAUUCAGCCGAGAUGCCUGAAAAUUUACAACAGCUGAAAUAUGAUAGGUUUGCAAUGCCUUCUGCGUUCCGUGAAAGAUACAAAGCGACACCUAAUAUUGUACAAGAUUAUAACAAUAAUAACAAUAUGGACGACCAAGAUAAUUAUUUGUACACCUUGAAUUCGCUUUUAGACAAAUACAUAGAGGAAAACAUACAAGGUAUGUCAGAUGAGGAUUUGGAAAGCUUUAUGGGAAUCCCAGAUGAGAAACGAAACAUACCUGUUGAAUAUCGUAAUUUGUAUGAGUCCAAUUAUCAAAGACGCUUACCAGCAAAAAGACAGUUCUUCUUCAUGCCUAGAUAUCCGAAUAGAAAAAAUCAUAAAUACCGUAAUAACCAUUGGGUUAAACCAAGAAUAAUGAAAAGGUCAAAAAAAAAUAUUUCUAUGAACGAAACACACACCGAUCCAAAGGUAGCAGCAGAACUCAAUAACAUCUUUCUUGCAUCGGAAAAACCCAACAGUACAGACAUCCAAAACAAAUCAAAUGAUAAAGUGUUGAAUGCUACAUUGAAAUUGGAGGAACAUCAAAGUGCAGACGACACAAAAAUAGAAGUAAAAAAAAAGUCCAUUGAUUGGAGUAAUUAUUUUGGAUUUGAUCGAAAGAAAAAGUCUAUUGAAAGUAUUCCAUCUGACGAUACAAUACUAAACCAAUACAUGCGAGCUUAUGGAAAAGAAGAUGAUGUUAACCAAGAAAAUUCUAUUGAGAAUCAUCUUAAGGAUGAAAAAUUAAUGUGGUUGGAAGAUGCAUUAAUUGAUGAUGCAUUGAAAUACACAGGAGCUAAACAAGGCACUAACGAUCCUGAAGAAAUAAAUAGCGUAAAAAAUCAAGUACUCGAUACUUUAAGUAAAGCGUACAGUAUUGAAAAACUAAGACAUGAGAACAACGGCAUACAAGGAAAACAAUACGAUAAUAAAGGAAUUGUGUGGUCUACAGAAAAUAAUAGUCAACCUAUCGAGUCUUUGGAUACUUCAGGUCAACGUGUGGAAGGUGAACAUAAAGAAUGCACACAGCUUUUACAAAUAACCCAAGACUGUUUAGAAAUUGGCGGAUCAGCUGGAGAUUUAAUGCUGCCUCUGUGUACACUUUAUCGUGUGUGUCGUACCUGUGAGUCUGAACGCUCGGACUGCGAAGAAAGGUUUAUACAAGGAUCUCACGAACUUUGUAGCAAAGCUCCAUUGUGCAGAUACUUCUCACGCCGUAUAUUACAACUCAUGCAAGACAAUCCGUUACAAAUGGAUUGUCACAAAUGCAUGAUUAACUUUUUCCAAAAUGAAAAUUAAUAUAUCUUAUAAUAUGUCUUACUACUUGCAUUGAUUAAUAACAAACUAAAAAAACACAUAAACAAAUUUUAUUGUUAACCUUAGCUUAAAAUUACAAAAACUUUUAUCGUAUAAUUAAUCUUUUAACUAUAACUUAUUUCUUUCAAUAAAUGAAAGUUAACAAUAAAAGAUCAGUUACAUAUUAUC